AUGCUUCCUUCUCUCUUUUGCGCCUACUGCUUCCAGGAGAUACAGGAUGCCACGCACAUUGUCUCUCUGCAGUUUUCGCCCGAGCAAGUCGUUACCUUUCACCCGAAAUGCUACAAAUCGUAUCGAGCGAAAUUCGCGCUUCUGCAAAAUGUGAUUCGGUGCAUCAAUGACGGAAGCUAUAUCGUGUUGACUGGUGUCGAUUGUAACGUGCAGAAUCGGCUCGAACAAAAGAGGCCACUCGCAACGCUUUCGCUGGCCGUGCCUAACCAGUCGGAGAGAGACUACGUGUGCCCGAUCUGUUUCGAACACGUUGCGGACCAACUCCUUCUUCCUUGCCAUCAUCGUCUCUGUGCGGAGUGUUUGCUCGAUUGGAGGCGAAAAUCGCUACUAAAGAAACACAAGGGAACGCAGUGUUGUUUCUGCAGACAAACAAUCCAAGAUAUCGAAGUUCUGUCCCUUUAA